CUAAAAAACAAAAUCCGAAGAAAAAAAAACCAUUUCAUAUGUGUGUUGACUGGUGUUGCUUCGGUUGUACGACACAAUGUGUAAUUAUUAUUAUUUAGAUAUAUUACAAGGAUAUGGAACCAUCUUAUCCUGAAGUUAACAUCUGUCACCAAUAUUAGAAGGCAUCAUUAAGACUGCAUUAUGGAGGAUGGUGAUAUGGAAACUAAUAAUGAUGGAGAAAAUCUGAAUCUUAGUUUCGGUGAAGAAAUGGGUGAUGAAUUAAAAUUGGACGAGAUGCCAGAGUAUGACACUCGUAGUGAGGUGAGUUCCUCCUCAUCGGAAAGUGGCUCUAGUCAACCCAGUAUAAGCUCCGUAAGUUCGGAGUCAUCUGACCAGAAAAACAGACACUCAAGGCAUAGGAGGGGUCAUUCAAGAGACAAGAAGAGCCCAAGUCCAGAAGUGAAGAGGUCAAAGUCAAGAGAGAAGGGGAAGUCUUAUGACUAUAUGACAAAACUGAAUUAUUUAUUCAGAGAUGCUCGCUUUUUUGUUAUCAAGAGUAACAAUGCAGAAAAUGUGACUCUUUCUAAAGCGAAGGGGGUGUGGUCCACUCUUCCACAGAAUGAGUCAAAACUUAAUCAGGCAUACAGAGAAUCUAGAAACGUUUUACUUAUCUUCUCAGUGAAAGAAAGUGGGAAGUUUGCAGGCUUUGCACGGCUUCAUGGUGAAUCUCGUAGAGAUGUGUCCCCAAUAUCCUGGGUUCUUCCUCCUGGUCUGUCAGCCAAGGCCCUUGGUGGAGUGUUUAGAGUGGACUGGGUCUGUCGUAAGGAACUGGCAUUUAAUUCUACAAUGCAUCUUUAUAAUCCGUGGAACGAUGGUAAACCUGUUAAAAUUGGUCGUGAUGGCCAAGAGAUUGAGCCCAAAGUAGCUGAAGAAUUGUGUCGUCUCUUUCCAGUUGAUGAGGGAAUAGAAAUGACUCCUAUACUUAGGAAAUCUAAGGAAGCAGCAAAGAUGGUGGUGAAGCCUCGUAGUUCACGUUACAGAUAUGAUAGCCACCAUAGACACGUAAGCAGUAGUCGCUUUCCACCUCGAUCAUCUUAUAGUUGGCGUGGACGUGGGGGCUCCUUUGGCAGGGGGCGUCGAAAGUACUUUAUAAGCAGCCGUAGUCGUAUUGGCAAUAGUGGCAGCAUAUACAAAAGCUCUUCAUCUUCACGAUCGCGGGACAGAUUCUCAAUGUGGUUUGGAAGUCCGAGAGAUACCAGCAGACCAUAUAGUGGUGCAGCCGCAGCAGCUGAAGCAUACGUAGCAGAUUAUAUGCGAUCUCUGCAACACCAGCUUCCACCAAUGCCAUAUGCUCCUCCCCCAGGAAUGUAUGGUUCCUCAGCUUCAUCUCCAUAUGAUGCUAUGCCUCCACCUCCACGCUACUAUGAUGGUUUGCCACUCCCUGAGUAUUCAUUGCCACCCCGGUCCAGCAGCCAUUCAGAUAAGCGUUCGUAUGAUCGCUCAGUAGAUGAGUUCUUGUGGCGAACAAGUGAGAGACGAGAUCGUGAUAGAGAUCAUCAUCGCUAUAGAGAACGACGGUAAGACUGAUAUAUUGCGUUUGUCCCCAAAUUCUAAUGUGUAUGUAUCAUUCUGUAUCCUGUACUUUACAGAUGACCACAUUAAAUUCAGUUUAGACUGUUCAUUGCAAAAUGGAGUGGAAUGUGACUGCUGCUGUUUUACAACAUAUUUAAAAUGAGUCAUAAAAAAACUGGAUGUUAUUAAGUAAUAUCAGUUGAGGUGUUGAUAAAAUACACUCAUAUGGAUAAGAUAUGAUCCACAGAUUGAGAUAUUUGCUGAUGUAUUGGUUGGUCAUGCAACACAGAAUAUGCUUUGGUACUACUGUGUCCAUAAUAUUUUGACACUGUGAUUUAGGACGAAAAAGUAAAUAAAAGUCUUGACAGUUUGCCUUUCAUUAGAGUUUGUAACUUUGGAUAAAAAAUGCAUGAAGCCAUGUAGUGUCAGUUACGAUGUGUAUAUAUAUAUAUAUAUUCCUGUGUUUGUAAUUGCCUCAUUUACAUCUUGGUGUGUAUAUUCUGUUUCUGAAAUCUGUGGAUGAAGUUUUUCUGAUAAUGUAGAAUUGAAAAUGCAUAUUAGAAGUACAGAAACGAAUAUAUCAUUCUUAAGAAGUGCAGCACUAAUUUUGUUCAUGAAAUAUGUGUAUAGAUUAAAGUAUUACUGUUUUUUGAAUGUAAUAUUAAGUUGAAUUGUUGGAGGUUGUGCUGUAUUCAUAGUUUUGAAUUACAGUGAAUUAUUCAUUGUUUUUUAAUUAGUAUAUUUUCCAUACCUUACAUGUGAUUUAUUCCACAUUUCUGUCAGUGAUUUAACUCUGUGAUAUUGAAUGUUAAAGAAUUUAUUGAAGUAAAUUCAUAUACUGUGUUUACAUCAGCUUUUAAAUUUCGCUUACAGAAUUAAUUGGGUAUGCAAUAUGAGUUUGAACUGUAGUAUUUAACACUAGCAAUUUGUAUUAAAUAUGUGGAGAGCUUUGUGGU